AUGAGUUCCCAACAACAGCAAGGGAACGAGGUUGAGAAGAAUAUCGAGAUCUGGAAAGUGAAGAAGUUGAUCAAGCGCUUGGAAUCCGCCCGCGGAAAUGGAACUUCUAUGAUUUCACUCAUCAUUCCGCCCAAGGAUCAGAUUUCUCGAGCGGCAAAGAUGUUGGCUGAAGAAUACGGUACCGCCUCCAACAUCAAGUCCCGAGUCAACCGUCUCUCCGUCUUGUCCGCUAUCACAUCCACCCAGCAGCGUUUGAAGUUGUACAACAAGGUCCCCCCGAAUGGUUUGGUAGUCUACUGUGGUGAAAUUAUCACCGCAGAAGGCAAGGAGCGCAAGAUCAACAUCGAUUUCGAGCCUUUCAAGCCGAUCAACACUUCCCUCUACCUUUGUGACAACAAGUUCCACACCGAGGCUCUGAGUGAGUUGCUGGAGUCGGACUCGAAGUUCGGUUUCAUUAUCAUGGAUGGUAACGGUGCGCUGUUCGGUACCUUGAGUGGUAACACCCGCGAAAUUCUCCAGCGUCUAUCCGUCGAUCUGCCCAAGAAGCACGGACGUGGUGGUCAAUCCGCGCUGCGUUUCGCGCGUCUGCGUGAGGAAAAGCGUCACAACUACGUGCGUAAGAUUGCCGAGCUCGCUGUUCAGAACUACAUCACCAACGACAAGGUCAACGUUGCUGGUCUCGUCCUGGCUGGUUCCGCCGAUUUCAAGAACGACCUCAACCAGUCCGAUCUGUUCGACGGACGUCUCCAGAGCAAGGUUAUCAAGGUUGUUGACGUGUCUUACGGAGGUGAGAAUGGUUUCAACCAGGCUAUUGAGCUCUCCGGAGAGACAUUGAGCAACGUCAAGUUUAUCCAGGAGAAGAAGUUGAUCGCCAAGUACUUCGAAGAGAUCAGCCAGGAUACUGGCAAGAUCUGCUACGGUGUGGAAGAUACUCUUAAGGCUAUGGAGCUUGGUGCUGCUGAGACACUUAUUGUCUUUGAAAAUUUGGAUGUCACCAGAUACCAACUGAAGACUUCUGCUGGCGAUGAGGUGAUUGUUAACGCCACCAAGGCCCAGGAGAUCAACAACCGUGAACUCUUCCAAGAUAAGGAAACUGGUGCCGAGAUGGAGGUCAUCGAGUCCACCACUUUCAUUGAGUGGCUUGCCGAGUCCUACAAGGACUUUGGUGCCACCCUGGAGUUCGUCUCGGACCGUUCGGGGGAAGGUAACCAGUUCGUCAAGGGCUUUGGUGGUAUUGGAGCCCUUCUCCGUUAUAAGGUGAACUUUGAACAGCUUGCCGAUUUCAGUGAUGAUGACGAGUUCUACGAUGAUUGA